AGUUCUCAGGUUUCACGUCAGUAUUUAUCGGCCAUUUUUGGCUACUCGUCAAGAGAUUUGUGUGCCUUAGUAAUCAGUCAGAAUAUCAUCACGUGUUCAAUAAUUUUGAACUUUCUCAAUGUUCAGAUGCCGCCACGUAGGGAACCCGAUCAUCCGGCUCCUACUCAGGCUUUAGUGGUCGCGCAGUUCCGCGACUAUCAUGCCGAAAAGUUCUCAGGGCAGGGAGAUCCUCGCAUAGUUGACGAGUGGAUUCAGGGCUUGGAGUUUAUCUUCGAGGUCAUGGAGUGCCCUGAGAGAUAUCGCGUCAUUUGCGCUCAGCUUCAGCUCACCGGUGAUGCCAGGCUCUGGUGGAACGCUUACUGGAGCAUGCGUCCCGACGAAAAGGCGGGUUGUACGUGGGAGAUGUUCAAGGAGUUAAUCUGCGAGAAGUACUACCCCACAUACUAUCGAGCCGAGAUGGAGUGUCAGUUUCUAUCGCUCCAGCAGGGUACUCGUACUGUUGACGAGUACGAGAGGGAAUUCACGAGACUUGCAGCUUUUGUUCCUGAUCUGGUCCGCGCGGAGGCCCAGCGAGCGCAGCGUUUCAUUGACGGGCUUUACCCAGCAGUCCAUCAUAACAUCGUAGGCCACGGGACACAGACGUACGCACGUGCAGUCUCCAUUGCCCAGGAGGUGGAUGCCAGCAUUAGGAGGGAGGCCGUUCGUGAUCAGUUCCAGCCAUCCGCCCCUGCCCAGUCGUCUUCAGUUCCACCGUUGCCAGCUCUACCAUCUACCCAGCUGCCAAAGAACAACAAGAGGAAGGGGAAAGGUGUCCCGGCAGAUAAGAGGACCCGACGUAGACUACAGCAGAUCCCCCAGUGCUCGACAUGCGGACGACUUCACCGAGGCGAGUUUUACGCCGUCGAUCAGGCAGAGGCCGAGCAGCAGGCAGGUACCAUGUCCGGAAUGGUUGUUCUUAAUAAUGUUCCUGUGUUUGCUUUAUUCGAUACUGGAGCGACACAUACUUUCAUUUCUCGACGAUGUCUUGACGCCAUCGGAGUUCGCGCCACUACCACUAUCGAUCCUCUUGAGGUGAGUUUGGCCUCAGGAAGAAAGAUAGUGACUUCAGCUAAAGCUUCAGAUCUUAGCCUUUCCAUCGGUGGCCGAGUUCUGUCUACCAACGCGUUUGUUCUCGAGAUGAGAGACUUUGAUCUUAUUCUCGGAAAGGAUUGGCUAUCUUUUUAUCAUGCGGAUAUCAGAUGCCACGACCGAGAGAAUACGCUUUAUCUUUCGGGAGACGAGUCGAUUACUUUCUUUGGCUCCAUAAAUCGUUCUUUGCCUCAUGUUGUUUCGAUGGCGAAAGCCACUAAGUUGCUGCGACGAGGCAACUGCCAGGGUUAUCUGGUGAGUCUUGUCGACGAUUCUCAGAAAGCACGUUCACCUCACGAUGUUCCAGUCGUUCGAGAGUUUGUGGACGUAUUCCCAGACGAACUUCCAGGAGGACCGCCAAACCGGCAGGUGGAGUUCUCUAUCGAUCUCAUUCCAGGAGCCGGUCCAGUGUCCAAAGCCCCAUACCGUAUGGCGCCUAAGGAGUUGGAAGAGCUUAAGGCGCAGAUUCAGGAGCUGUUACGACUCGGUUUCAUCCGACCGAGCGUGUCACCUUGGGGAGCACCCAUUCUCUUUGUUAAGAAGAAGGACGGAUCCAUGCGCAUGUGUAUCGACUACCGGGAUCUUAACCGGUUGACGAUCAAGAAUAAGUACCCGCUUCCUAGGAUCGACGACUUAUUUGAUCAGCUAAGGGGAGCCUGUGUGUUCUCAAAGAUUGAUUUACGAUCAGGCUACCACCAGCUGAAGAUUAAGGAGUCAGAUAUCGCUAAGUCCGCUUUCAGGACUCGUUACGGCCAUUACGAGUUC